UUUACGUGUUAAUUACUAUUCACACCUCCGCUCCCAAACAAUAUAUAUAUAAUAAUGUCACUUUCUUCUACAUGUCCUGCUCACCUUGCGCCACCUCCCGCAACCAUGCAUCACCACCCCGUCGUCCCACCGACAUCUCCCCUACUACCUCUCCUCAGCCUCCUCCUCCUCCUCCUCUCCGCCCUGCUCCUCCUCCAAUGCCGCGGCGGCGAUAAAUCCAAACACAGACGCCUCCGCCUACCUCCUGGCUCAAUGGGCUGGCCUUACCUCGGGGAAACUCUCAAGUUCUACACCGAAAAUCCCAACACCUUCUUCUCCAACCGUCUCCAACGAUAUGGAGAAAUAUUCAAGACGCACAUAUUGGGGUGUCCUUGCGUGAUGAUAUCCAGUCCGAAAGCAGCUAGGAUCAUCUUGGUCAGCCAAGCUCAUCUCUUUAAGCCCACGUAUCCACCCAGCAAAGAGAAGAUCAUCGGACCAGAAGCGCUCUUCUUUCACCAGGGACCCUAUCAUUCCAAGCUCAAGAAGUUGGUCCUCGCCUCUUUCUUGCCCGCCACUCUCCGCGCCGCCGUCCCGGAGAUCCAGAAAAUCGUCGUCAAACUUCUCCAGUCUUGGGAUGACAAACCAUCCAUCAACACCCUGCAAGAAAUGAAAAAGUAUGCUUUCGACGUGGCGAUGAUUUCGGCUUUGGGGAGUCAGGCUGAGGUGGAGGUGGAGAGCAUCAAACAGCUGUAUCAAACGUUGGAGAAAGGCUACAAUUCAAUGCCUAUAGAUUUCCCCGGAACGCCCUUUCACAAAGCAAUGAAGGCAAGGAAGCAGCUGACGGAGAAGUUAAGGAGACUAAUUGAGAAGAGAAAAGACAGGGAAGAGCAUGGCGGGGGAUUGUUGGGAGUGUUGCUUAGAGAAAACCAUCAAAAUCAACUUACUGACUCGCAGAUAGCAGAUAACAUUAUCGGAGUCAUCUUCGCGGCGCAUGACACCACAGCCAGUGUCCUCACUUGGACCCUCAAGUACUUGCAUGAUAAUCUUCACGUCUUGCAAUCUGUCACGAGAGAACAAGAAGAAAUAGGAUGCAAAAUUGUGGAAGGAACAGAGGGACUUACGUGGGAUGAUACACGACGCAUGCCGCUGACUAUGAGGGUUAUUCAAGAGACGUUAAGGAGAGCUAGCAUCCUGUCGUUCACAUUCAGGGAAGCAGUGGAAGACGUGGAAUUUGAAGGGUACUUCAUCCCCAAAGGUUGGAAGGUUCUUCCUCUCUUCAGAACCAUUCAUCACUCUGCAGAUUUCUUCCCUCAACCCGAGAAGUUUGAUCCUUCCAGAUUUGAGGUGCCACCCAGCCCCAACACAUAUAUGCCAUUCGGGAAUGGAGUACACUCUUGUCCGGGUAGUGAGCUUGCUAAGCUUGAGAUGCUCAUUUUCCUUCACCACCUUACUACUACCUACAGAUGGAGAGUGACUGGAGACGAGGAUGGUAUCCAGUAUGGGCCAUUCCCUGUACCAAAACGAGGCUUACCAAUCAAAGUUCAGCGAAGGCUGAAAACAAUGUGAUAUUCUUCUCAUCAUCCAAACAUCAAAAUCUAGAAUUGUAAAUCAAAAACAAGAGAGAACACCGGGGUCAAAAGCGGACAACCCAUUAAGUCCUUUUUCUUCAAUUUCAUUUGUCACAAAGUGUGGCUAAAUAUCUUCUGUAUCUCAGUUCUUUAUCAGACUAGGGGUUCUUCAACUGCGUCUGUUCACCAAUUGCACGGGCAUAGUGCAAGCUGUAUGUGAUGUAUAUGUUUAAUAAACAACAAAAUAUUCAAUGAAAAAAAUCAACAGGUACAAUGUC